CAUUAACCAACACAGUGAUAGCGUAAGUAGUCCACAGUCGAGGGAAAGGUGUAUCUUUAUCUGAUGCGCGUCUUCUAUAAAGGCUAGGGUCAGUGUCAGCAACAGUUGCAAACAAGGAGUUUACGUUCAAAAAGUGGCAAUGCUUUUCUCGGUGGGUCUGUGCCUUGUGGUGCUGCUUUCAGUGGUGGGAGCAGCCACAGUGGAGAGGGUGGAGUAUGACUACUACAAAUACCAUCCAAUGCCAGAGAUCACAGACUGGAUGGUUCAGGCUGUGAAGAAUUACCCUGAAGUUGUGACUAUAGUGGAAUAUGGACAGACCUAUGAGAAGAGGAAUAUUAGCUUGCUCAAGAUCGGCGUUAAUACGGGGGAGAAAAAGAAAGCUAUCUGGAUGGACUGUGGUAUACACGCCAGAGAAUGGAUCACCCCGGCCUUCUGUCAGUACUUUGUCAGAGAGAUCCUUCAAGCAUACAAAACAGACCCAAAGAUGCAAGCGAUGAUGACGAAUAUGGACUUCUAUGUCACCCCCGUGCUCAACAUAGACGGAUACAUCCACUCCUGGAAGGACAACACAACUCGACUGUGGAGGAAGAACAGGUCACCGGGACCUUUAAACUGCACCUGUUACGGCACAGACCUCAACCGCAACUUUAACGCCAACUGGGGCACGCUCGAGGCUUCCUUCGACUGCUGCGACCCCAUCUUCUGCGGGACUAAACCUGUGUCCGAGCCCGAGGCCCAGGCCGUCACUUAUUUCGUAGGAAACCGGAGAGAAGACUUCCUGUGUUUCCUCACCAUCCACUCCUACAGCAAGAUGCUCCUGGUUCCAUUUGGAAACCCCAACUUCAUCGCCAGCAACAACGAUGAGCUGAUGAAGGUAGGUAGGGGUGCAGCAGACGCCAUUCGGAGCGUGCACGGGAAGGACUACACCGUAGGAACCACAUCGGAUAUAAUGUACGCCAACUCUGGUUCCUCCCCAGACUGGGCCCGGAUGCAGGGGAUCCCCUUAACCUACGCCUUUGAGCUGAGAGAUGACGGGACGUUUGGCUUCGAGCUUCCCCAGGAUCAGAUCCAGCCGACCUGCGAGGAGGCCUACAGCGGAGCCCUGCACAUCAUCACCUACGCCCACGACAAGACCUUUAGUGGGGCCGCUGCAACCGCUGCAACCCUGUGGAGCAUGCUGUUAGCCUUGGGUGUCACCGGCACCACCCUGAUAUGAGGGGGGGGAAAUAACUCCAGCUGUUUUGCUUUAAGUUGCAUUUAUCUUGAGUAUGUUAGGUUAGGUUCAAGGAGAGCUCCAGUUUUUUUUCAAAAGACAACUUUUUUUUUAUCCUCAUUUAAGCUAUACAUUUUUGUAGAUUAAUUAUGAUCAAAAGUAUGUAAAUGCAUCGUACAUACCAAUGCACCUUUGAUUCAAUGUAUUUUAAAUAAAUCUAUAAUUAAUCAUAGAAUUCCAUACAAAUCUUAUUUUAGGCAAUGCCUGACACAUUAGUAUAUCCACAAAUCUUUUUUUAUUUCAUUGAAUAUGACGACAUACAAAUAACAUCUGGCACCAAAGACAAAUACAAAAUAAUUUAAUAUGUGAAACGUGUGUCUAUAUUGUUUUAACCACUUUUUCACAAUAAUAACAUACAUGAACUUUCAAAUGAGUGGACAUGUCCAUAGUGAAUGCACAUUGCCUUAUGAUGUCACCUGAAAGACAGUCAAAUGACUGACUAACUGAUUCUACGUAACUACAUCAUUUUGGAACAAGUAUUUAUACUCUGUAACACACUUGUAAAUUACCAAAUUUCAGUAAACAUACAAUUUGUCAUACAUUU